AUGUACAUCCACCUCACCAACUCCUCCGCACUCGCCGCCGCUCGCCUCGCUCGCACUGCCGCCAAGGAGGAUUUCGUCCAGACUCCACCCGGUAGUCCCGAGUUCUCCAAGUGCAAGCGGAAGGUCACUCGGGCGAUCAAAAGGGUGAAGAGGCUCGAAAGUCGGCAGAGGCACAUCAGCGCUCUCCGCGACUGUGUCUUCGGACUCCAGAAAGCACUCGGACUGGACCGGAACAAAGGACGGAUCGAGUACAUGACUACGAGUAACGACGCACUGAUGGCGGGACUGGCGGCACCUGUCACGGGGAUCAUGCUUACUGCGGGAGCUGCUGCCAUAGGGACCGCCUAUGUGGCUGGAGCACUAAGCAAGGUCAACAGCGGGAGCAAUUGA